GAUUAACAACGUUGUUUUGAAGUUUGAACGAAAAAGUAACAAAAUCGUAAGAAACAGACGCAUAAGUGAACCACUGAAACCCUAAACGCAUCAGCCUCAGCCGUCGUUGCCGUCGAGCAAGUGAGGUCGCACCGCCGUCGCAGGACCACCACCCGGGCGCCGUCACAAUUUGGCCUCAAAGUCACAAGCAAAUUCAUAAGCAAAACCCUAGCAAGCAGUGAGUGAAAGAGUAAAGUUUGGAAGAUGAGGGAGGAAGAGAUGGAGAAGCUUCGAGGAGUGGUGCGGGACUGCGUGAGCAAGCACCUCUACUCCUCCGCCAUCUUCUUCGCCGACAAAGUGGCAGCCUUCACCGCCGACCCCGCAGACAUCUACAUGCAGGCCCAGGCCCUCUUCCUCGGCCGCCACUACCGCCGCGCCUUCCACCUCCUCAACGCAUCCAAAAUCGUCCUCACCGACCUCCGAUUCCGCUACCUCGCCGCCAAGUGCCUCGAGGAACUGAAGGAGUGGGAUCAGUGCCUGUCGAUGCUGGGUGAGGCUAAAGUGGACGAUGAUGGAAAUGUUUAUGAUAUGAAGGACUCUAAUGUCAUGUACUUGGAUAAAGAUUGUGAAGAUCGUGAAAUCAAUAUAUCCUCCGCAAUAUGCUUCUUAAGAGGCAAAGCAUAUGAAGCUUUAGAAAACCGUGCCCAGGCCAGAAUGUGGUAUAAAGCUGCUAUAAAAGCGGAUCCUUUAUGCUAUGAGGCUUUGGAAUGCCUUAUUGAGAAUCACAUGCUUACAUGUGAGGAAGAAGCAAAUUUGAUCUCAUCAUUGCAAUUUGGUAGUGAGGAUGGAUGGCUCUCUUCAUUUUAUUCUUGUUUGAUAAAGAAGUAUGACAAAGAAAAUAUUGUAGUAGCCAAGUUCAGAGAUCUUGAGAAUGAAAGCUGUAAAAGUGACCAAUCAGAUUCUUCUUUUUUGCGGACACUGAAAUCCAAUACUGAUCUAUUGGCCUGCAAAGCUGAAUACUACCAUCAGUGCGGUGAAUAUCAGAAAUGUUUUGAGUUAACAAAUGAUUUGCUUGAGAAGGAUCUUUUCCAUCUAAAGACUACGCUAGUACAUCUGGCAGCUGCUGUGGAGCUUGGGCAUUCAAAUGAACUCUAUCUGAUGUCAUGCAAUUUGGUGAAGGAUUAUCCUCAGAUGGCUUUAUCAUGGUUUGCUGUUGGUUGCUACUACUAUUGUAUCAAGAAGUAUGAUCAAUCCCGCCGUUAUUUUAGCAAGGCAACUAGUCUAGAUGGAACAUUUCCCCCUGCAUGGAUAGGCUAUGGGAAUGCUUAUGCUGCUCAAGAAGAGGGAGACCAGGCUAUGUCUGCUUACCGCACUGCAGCUAGAUUGUUUCCUGGGUGCCAUUUAGCAACUCUUUACAUUGGAAUGGAAUGCAUGCGGACCCACAGUUAUAAGCUUGCUGAGCAGUUUUUUACGCAGGCCAAGUCAAUUUGCCCCUCAGAUCCACUUGUGUAUAAUGAACUUGGAGUUGUUGCCUACCAUAUGGAAGAGUAUAAGAAAGCAGUGUGGUGGUUUGAGAAAACAUUAGCCUUGGUACCAACCACUUUAUCUGAAAUUUGGGAAUCGACUGUAGUCAAUCUUGCACAUGCAUACAGAAAGCUGAAGAUGUACCGAGAAGCAAUUUCAUAUUAUGAGAAAGCACUUGCAUUAUCAACAAGAAGUGUGAGCACUUAUGCCGGUCUUGCAUAUACUUACCACCUACAGGAUGAUUUCACCACAGCAAUUGCAUAUUAUCACAAAGUGAGUAACUGUGCUUGUAUCCAUGAUAAUGAACCUAUGAUGCACUCCAUUCAACUAUUGAGACCCAUGAACAUUGUUCAAGAGGCCUUGUGGCUGAAACCAGAUGAUCAGUUCUGCACUGAAAUGUUAAGUUGGGCUCUAAUAGAUGAAAGUCGAAGAGGCGUUGACCCCAGUCUUGAAUUCCGUUGAAGUCUGAUUUGAAUAUGAUGGUGCAGCCAUUUGCACUUGUAAAUGUGUAACAAUGAGUGCCGAGUUGAUGUAUUGCCAAUGUGCAAUUGUUAAUUAUUAUUAUUAGUUGUAGAUAAUCUGUAUUUUUUUUCUGAUUAAUGCUUGAUUUUAUUAUAUCUCUAGCAAUUUUAUACUAGUUAAAUAUUCCGUGACUU